AUGAAGCUGUUGGGUUCACAUCAGAAUAUCGUGUCUUUGGUCGGAUGCUGCACACUGCAGGACACCAAUUUUCUGGUGAUAGAGUAUGUUCCGUAUGGUGAUCUCUUACAAUGGUUACGGCAAAAGAGGCGAUCGGUAAAUAAAAAUCAAGCCCUCAGAGGAAAGGAGGCGGAAAAGUUUUAUGAAGAUAGAGACACUCCGAUUGAUGAGUUGAAAAGAUGCAAACCUAGUCGAAAAAGUUGUGACAGUGCUGUUAAUCAGGAAAAUAUAGAAUUGAUGUCAAUGCCAUCCAGUCCAGGUUACUAUAACCACGCUGCUGUCAUUUCGCUGUCUACGGUGAAUCUUCAUGAGAGUAACCUUGAUGGCGUAAAUGAUAAUGAUGACGUCGGUGUUGAUGGUUUCUCUGCUCAACAGCUGUUUUCAUUUGCUUGGCAAGUAGCAAGAGGAAUGAAUCACCUUGCCGAAAAUGAUUUCGUUCAUCGUGACCUUGCAGCUCGGAACAUCCUUGUUGGUCAAGACGGACGAGUGAAGGUGUCAGACUUUGGUUUGAUGCGCCAAGUGUACGAAGACGUGUACAGCAUAAAAAAAGCUAAAAAGCUGCCAGUUAAAUGGAUGGCACCAGAGAGCAUCUUCGAGGGUGUUUUCACUAUCAAGAGUGACGUUUGGUCUUAUGGAAUUUUUCUCUGGGAAAUGGCUACCAUGGGUGGUGUUCCAUACCCUACGUUUACCAAUACAGAGCUCUGUAAACUUCUAAAGAAUGGAUAUCGCAUGGAAAAACCUGAUAUGUGCUGCCAUGAAGUAUAUGAAAUGAUGACGUCAUGCUGGGAGAACGAUCCUACAACUCGCCCCAGUUUCUCGGAGUUGAUUGACCGACUGGAGGCUAUUAUGACGAGGGAUGUAACAUACUGCGAUAUGUCAAACUGCGAUGAAUCGAGUCCAUACUAUAACAUACAGGACAUGGUUGACGAAGAAAGCGGAUGAGAUGUAUAAACAAGGGUUGUCGCCCAGUCAUCACCGCCUGGUAGACAACACUACCUCCGAGUUUCUUAUGUUAUGGAUAAUAGCUGUAAAGAUAAGUUUCUCGAAAUUUCUAGAAUGCCUAGUCAUGCUGACAUGCUUACCUUGGAUGUAAUACUAACGCAGUUGUUGUAUUGUAAGCUUCCGAAAUGUUCUAGAAUACUUUGUAAAUGUAAAUAAGGAUUCAGCUGUGUGGUGGUAGUUAGUUGCUGUUGUCAGGAGUGACCUACUUGGGAAGCUAUACUGAAGGAGAGCUACUGCGGAAGAUUGUUCAUUUCGGAGUUUUGGAGACGUACGGCUGUGAGAUUGUGUCAGUGGUAAGCUAAGAUAUAGACUGUAGUGAGCUCAAGUAAGUAUAUUGAGGAUAAUUUCUGUACUUCCUUCAGGAGUCGCUCCAUAUUAAGAAUGUUCCUCAUUGUUUGAUAAAGUAGUUGAGUUUGUAGUUUGUUUCUGUUGGUUUGAUUAUACCGUAACACUUAUCAUUGUUAAAACAUGCUUAACUUGCUUAAAACAUAUAAUUCUAUAAACGGUUUUAUCUAUAUUGAUGUUUAAGACAUUCAAAGCUGCAAGGCAAAGCUAAGGGAUAGGGA